UAUAGUCAAUGUCUAAAAAGCUUGAUCGUGGAGGAUUUUAAUGACUUGAAAUUUUUGUUUUCAUCUUCUAUGGUCAAAAGUCUCAUCUAACUCCAAAAGCUUUUGAUUAGCAAUUGUAAGUCAAUGGAAGUAAUAACUGACACAAAAGGAGUACAAAAAGAAGAAAAGAUAAUUGAUAUGAGUUUUCCUAAGCUAUUGUACAUGAAGCUUGAAGUUCUUCCAAACCUCACAAGUUUUGGCACGGGAAAUUUGAUUGAAUUCCCUUCCUUAAAAGAACUUCACAUUGAGCAUUGCUCUAAUUUAAAGACGUUCUUCUGCAAGUCAUUUUACCCAGAAACAGAGGGAGAUCCUAAAGAAGAAGCGGCCUUGGAGAACUACCUUGUUGAUAUAAACCCACUCUUUGAUGAAAAGGUUGCUUUUCCAAGCCUGGAGAAGAUGGUGCUCUUGCACUUGGAUAACUUGCAGCUGAUUUGGCACAACCAAAAACUGCAUGUGGAAUCUUGUUGCAAACUAAAGGUACUGAGAGUCGAAUUCUGUGAAAAGUUAUUGACUAUUGUUCCAUCUAAUACUCAAGGAUGUCUCACCUUUCACAAUCUAGAGAGUUUGAAGGUUAAGAAUUGUUCAAGUUUGAAAAGUCUCUUUCCAGUUUCUAUUGCUAUUGGCCUUAUGCAACUUAAAGAGUUAUGGAUAAACUCUUGUGAGUUAGAGAAAAUUGUUUCUGAGGAGGUUGUUAAUGGGGCCCCAACAUUUUUGUUUCCACAAUUAACAGACGUCCACCUUGAAAAUUUAUGCGAACUCAAAUGUUUCUACCCACGGUUGCAUGCAAUAGAGUGGCCAAUGCUAAAAAGUUUGGGUGUGUAUGAAUGCAAGAUAAAAUCAUAUGCUUCUGAAUUUCCUAGCUUUCAAGCCAUAGACUGGGAGGGGCAGCCUGCUUCUUUUUCAUUAGAAAAGACUGGUUUCCGCAACAUAGAAUUUGUAAAGCACUCUGAAUUUCCCACAAUAAAGGAGAACAUAUGGAAUGAUGGAUUGCCAGUUGGCUUAUUCCGCAGUUUAAAGUGGUUGGUAUUGGAUGAGGUUUAUGACAUGUCAUGUGCAUUUCCGUUCCAUGAUUUAAGAAAUUUGGAGACUUUGGAGGUUAGAAAUUACCAUUCAUUGGAAGAUUUAUUUGAUAUAAAAGGAAAGACAAUAAAGAACAGUAAGGAGGAAAUUUUGGGCUUCAACAACCUGAAAUCACUGAAAGUUCACAGUUGCAGCAGCUUGAGAUAUAUAUUUACUCCUGCUAUCAUCUUGGGCCUUGAUCAACUUCAAGAGAUUGAAGUGAAGAAUUGUGCUUUGAUUGAAGAAAUUAUUACAAAAGACGAAGGAAAGGAGGGAGCCAUUGAUAAAAUUUUCAUCCCUCAUCUGAAUUCCAUUGUUCUUGAGCUAUUGCCUGACUUGACAAACUUCUAUUCAGGAACUAACUAUUUGGAAUGCCCUUCCUUAAAAAGUAUUACUAUAGCCAACUGUCCGAAGAUGGAGACGUUUGUUUUCUCUGAUUUGAAGACGGAUCAUUUUGAUCAUAAUGCACCUCUUUUCAAUGAAAAGGUUGCUUUUCCAAGCUUGGAGAAGAUGGUGCUUUUGCACCUUGAUAACUUGCAGCUGAUAUGGCACAACCACAAACUCCAUGUGGAAUCCUUCUGCAAACUAAAAGUAGUGAGAAUCGAAUUCUGUGAAAAGUUAUUGACUAUUGUUCCAUCUAGUACUCAAGGACGUCUCACCUUUCACAAUCUAGAGAGUUUGAAGGUUAACAAUUGUUGGAGUUUGAAAAGUCUCUUUCCUGUUUCUAUUGCUAUUGGUCUUCUGCAACUUAAAGAGCUGUCGAUAAACUCUUGUGGGUUAGGGAAAAUUGUUUCUGAGGAGGAAGUUAACGGGCCCCCAACAUUUUUGUUUCCACAAUUAACAAACAUCCACCUUGAAAAUUUGCGGGAACUCAAAUGUUUCUACCCUCAGUUGCACACAAUAGAGUGGCCAAUGCUAAGAAGUUUGGAUGUGUAUAAAUGCAGGAAGAUUAAAGUAUAUGCUGCCGAAUUUCCUGGCUUUCCAGCUAAAGACGAGGAGAGGCUACUUACCCUUUUUUUUGUUAGAAAAGGUCAUACCAAAUUUGGAAGUGGUUGGUAUAGAUGCUUAUGCCUUCAAAUUGCCAUUCCUCCGCACUGAUCUAGCUGAGAGCUUUAUCCAACUUAAACUACUACGGCUGCGUAACUUUGAUGAUGAAUCUAUUGCUUCUUUGUUCAAUUUCCUUAAAAAAUUAAAUUGUUUGGAAUCACUUGAUUUUAGUGUUAGUAGUUUCAAAGAGCUAUUUCUGUAUGAACAAGGACAUAUAUGGAAACAAGAUUUCCAACUUCGAGGGAACACGUUUCUUCAAAAUCUUCAAAAGCUACAAGUACGUGGAUGUCAUUGUUUGACAAUUUUAAUGCCAUCCGCAACGUCUUUCAAUAAUCUGAAAUCUCUGGAGGUAUGCAGUUGCAAAGGAUUAGCCAAGGUACUAACAAGUGAAGCAGUCAAAACCCUUUUCAAUCUCACAACAAUGAGAAUAAGAAAGUGCAAGUUGUUGACAGAAGUAAUAGCAAAUGAUGGGGACAGAGAAGAAGAGAUUGUUUUUGGCAAAUUGAAGGUUUUGGAGCUUUUCUCCUUACCAAGCCUGACAUUCUUCUGCUCAGCCAAUUAUUCCUUCCAAUUUCCUUGUUUGGAGCAAGUUAUUGUGAGUCAAUGCCCAAAAUUGAACAUCUUUUCUAAAGGAGUGUUAAGCACACCAUUGCUGAAGAAAGUACAACUGACAAAAUCAGAUACUCAUAAAGAAUAUUUUUGGAAGGUUGAUCUCAAUUCUACUGUCCAACAAAUAUUUACAGAUAUGAUUGGUUUCCGCAACAUGAAAUGUGUCAAGCUCUCUGAAUUCCCCGCAUUGAAGGAGAAAAUUUGGAAUGAAGGAUUGCCAGUCGAAAGUGUGGAACUCCAAAGAAGAUGAGUUCAUUCCUUUAAAUAGUUUGCGAUAGACCACAGCUUCAUUUCCUCCAGGUGAAGAGGGGCUUUGUGUCUACCAUCUUAACUGAUUUUAUCCUCAAAGUUUGUUGAAGGUGGAGGCCUUGCAAUACUGAGUAUAAGAUUUUACUUUAAAUGGUCUGCCGUACUUGAUGCUGUUUCAUUGAUUUUACCAGAUCUAAUGAUCAAGAUGCAUCUAUACUGCUAGGAAGCCUACAUUGGUUGAGAAUUGAUUUGGGUAUGAGCAUAUAAAUGUUGGAGAAAGUCUCACUUCUUGAAUUAACUCAUGGGGUGGGAGAGAUCCGACGAAGUUAUUUUUCUUGUUUAUUUUUUAUUUCCCAAAAUUCUGAUUAUCAAGAUGAAUUAAUUUUUUUUUUCAAUUUUAUAUAUAUAAAAGAAAGCAGAAGUUAUAUUUGAACAAUAAUAGCACAUUGAUACACCCAGAUGAUGAAAUUGAGCCAACAAAAUUGCAGAAGUGAACAUAAGCUAACCUUAUCUUUUUCCAAAACAGUGAUCUCUCACAAGGCAAACAAAAUCAUGGCAACCCUUCGUUUAUUAUCUCCAUCUUGUCCCUUCAUUCUCACCAAGCAAAAGCACCCCACCUGCACUAAACACCAUUCCUCCGACUUUAGCCCCAGAAAAUGCUUAGUCUCACACAGAUAAAGAUUUCAAUGGAGCAUUACGAGUUCUUACAAAGUGGUGAUUGAGCAUGAGGAUGAGUCCACAGAGCUUGAGGUGGAGCCCGAUGAGACAAUCCUACCCUAGGCGUUGGACUCUGGCUUGGAUGUGCCUCAUGACUGCAAGCUUGGAGUGUGCAUGACUUGCCCUGCUAAAAUUAUAAGUGGCUCCGCUGAUCAGAGUGAUGGUAUGCUCAGUGAUUAUGUGGUGGAGCCUGGCUAUGCACUGUUAUGUUCCGCCUAUCCCCGAUCAGAUUGUACAAUUAAAACCAUUCCCGAGGAUGAGCUGCUGUCUCUGCAACUAGCAACUGCUAAUGACUGAAAGGUAUAAUGGGUGGUUAGAUCCUGAAUUUGAACUUCUAAUUUUGUUCAUCCUGUGUUGCGACCUUAAUGUUCUGGGGAUGUUUAAUGCACUUGAUCAUUGCUUAUUGCUUGUGAUGUUCAGCAAUAAAAUGAUUCACAUAUGACAG